AUGGGAGCUUCCAGAGGUCAAAGGCUUUCUGGGAUGCAGAAGCAAGUACUUAGCUUGUACAGAGGGUUUAUGCGAGCAACACGUUCCAAAUCUGAUGAAGAACGGCGCAACAUAGAGUCAAUAGCAUCACAAGAGUUUCGCCGUAAUUCCGUGGAAGUAGAUCGGAAAAACUUUCUCUACAUUGAGUACUUACUUCGCCGUGGCAACAAGCAGCUUGAUCAGCUUAGGAACCCUGGUACCACUGGGUUAACUUCAUUACAAGUUGAUUUGUCCAAAAACGAUUAG